CAUGAACUUGUUCACAAAUGGGUCGCCUUUGGCCUCUUGUUUUCACGGUGCUUUUCUCAUCAGUAUUCUCCAUUGUUUUAUGCAAAACCAACGUCCAAACCACCCAAACCUUCAUUGUUCGUGUCCAAAACGACCUUAAACCUCCACACCACCCCAACAUCAAAGCUUGGUACAGGUCUACCCUUACAAGCCUUAGUUCUACAAGCAUUGCCCAAACACAAGACAGCCAUGUCCAGUUGCUCCACGUGUAUAACACUGUCUUUCAUGGUUUCUCAGCAAGACUCUCCCCACAACAAGCUGAGGAGCUCACACACCGACCGGAAAUACUCGCUGUUUUCCCCGACAGGCUUCUCCCAAUCCAAACGACACGCACACCUCAAUUCAUGGGAAUCAGGGCCAGCACCGGUGCCCCGAAUGGUAUUCUUAACGACUCCGAUUCUGGCUCCAACGUCAUCAUCGGAGUACUUGACACAGGUAUUUGGCCUGAACGACUUAACUUCCAUGACCAAGGCCUCGGACCCGUGCCUUCUCACUGGAGAGGUAAAUGUGAUGGUGGUGAAAAAUUCCCUAAAACCCUUUGCAACAAAAAGCUCAUUGGCGCACGCUACUUCACUGGAGGAUAUGGAGCCACUGCUCAAGACGAAGAGACUGAGCUCACCAACUCAGCCCGAGACACAGUCGGCCAUGGCACACACACUGCUUCCACAGCCGCAGGACGACACGUCGGCAACGCAUCGUUUUUCGGCUUCGCCCAUGGGGUGGCCAUAGGCGUUGCACCCAAAGCGAGAAUUGCCGUGUACAAGGUCUGCGGAAGCAAAGGAUGUGCGGGAUCUGAUAUUCUCGGCGGCAUCGACUCCGCCGUAGAAGACGGCGUCGACGUAAUAUCUGUCUCCUUAGGCGGCGAACCUAGGCCAUACUUUUUGGACCCAAUAGCCAUAGGAUCGUUUGGUGCGAUAGAGAAAGGAAUUCUCUUUUCCGCUUCGGCUGGUAAUUCGGGUCCCGACUCUACUACCGUCAUAAACGUGGCACCUUGGAUCACCACCGUUGGUGCGAGCACCAUUGAUAGGAAAUUCCCCGCGGAUCUAGUGCUCGACGAUGGUCGCGUCAUCACCGGAUCAUCGCUCUUCACAGGUCAAUCAGCAUGGACUAAAGAUAAAUAUGUGCCGUUGGUUUACGCUGGAAAUGUAUCGGUAAAGCAUCCAGAUGGUGCUAGUCCCUCUACUCAUUGCUUGCCUAAUACGCUGGAUGCGAAUAAGGUACGUGGCAAAAUCGUGGUGUGUGAUCGUGGCGGAGGGUCACGUGUCGAAAAAUCAGUGGUGGUGAAGGAGGCUGGUGGGAUCGGUGUUGUUGUUGCCAACGUGGACGGUUUAGGAGAGGGUCUACUCGCGGAUCCAUAUUUGAGUCCUGGUCUAGAAAUCACUGAAUCCGCGCGCCGCACAGUGCUCAAGUAUAUAAGCUCCUCUAAGAACCCGCGAGCCUCCUUGCGUUUUAGUGGGACCACCCAGGUGGGAGUGAGACCAGCACCUACGAUUGCUUGUUUCUCAUCUCGUGGGCCCAAUGUUAUAUCUCCCCACGUGUUGAAGCCCGAUUUGGUUGCGCCAGGUGUCAACAUCUUAGCGGCAUGGCCUGAUGGUAUAGCACCGAGUGAGUUAUCUGCUGAUCGGAGGCGCACAGCGUUUAACAUAAUCUCUGGGACUUCCAUGUCUUGCCCACACGUGUCAGGAGUUGCAGCUUUGUUGAAAGGGGCCCACCCAAACUGGUCCCCAGCGAUGAUCAAAUCGGCCAUGAUGACCACGGCUUACACACACGAUACCGAUGCCAAGGUUUUGCGAGACGAGAGAGAUUUCAAAUCGUCCAAUGCAUUUGGUAUGGGUGCUGGACACGUGGAUCCUGAGAAAGCCGUUGAUCCGGGCUUGGUUUACGAUAUCACAGUGGAUGAUUAUUUGCAUUUUCUUUGUGCGUCCGGUUACAAUAGCACAGAAAUUAAAGUGAUUACAAGGAAGCAGGUGAAUUGCAGCGAGACCCAACAGUCCAACUUGUGGGACCUGAACUAUCCUGCAAUUGCAGUCUCUCUUGGCGCAUCAGCACCGUCCAAAUCUGAGGUUGUGGUUAAAAGAACAGUUACACAUGUUUGCAAUGGUGCAUCAACAUACACAGUAAAAAUCACAAAUCCAAAAGGUGCUAUCGUGACUGUCGAUCAUACGAAAAUGGUGUUCACGCAGAAGGGACAAAAGCAGACCUACACCGUUCGAAUUUUGGCUCAGAAGGCGGGAUUGCCACUUGAUGGUAAGAUGAGUGAAUUUGGGCGUCUGACGUGGACAGAUGGGAAGCACCAGGUCACUUCACCCAUUGUGGUCAACUGGUCCUAAUACCAUUAUCAAAAAAGCAAAUAAGAACGUACUUGGAACACCAUCUAUAUAUGAAUUUUAAGCUUUUAAAUGAAACAAUAUCUAUACAGUGGUUUAUGUU